UAAGCAGAGGCAGAGGAGUGGAACAGAGCACACCAAAACAAGAGCUGAAGUUACAUGAGAGUGAUGACAUUCUCCGUCUUCAAACUUCUUCUGUCAUCAUUCCUUCUCUGCAGUUUCUUGCAGGAACCCACCAAUGCCCUUAGAAAGACGUACAUUGUGUACAUGGGAGGACACUCUCAUGGUCCAGACCCUUCUCCCACUGAUCUUGAAACAGCAACAAAUUCCCAUCAUCAAUUACUCGCUUCUGUCUUAGGAAGUCAUGAGGAUGCAAAGGAAGCAAUUAUGUACUCUUACAACAAGCAUAUCAAUGGCUUCGCGGCCUUGCUCGAAGAGGAAGCAGCAGCAGAAAUAGCAGAGUACCCAGAGGUAAUUUCUGUUUUCUUGAGCAAAGAGCACAAAUUGCACACUACCAGGUCAUGGGAUUUUCUGGGACUGGAAAAGAAUGGAAAAGUUGCUGCAAACUCUGCUUGGACCAAAGCAAGAUAUGGUGAAAACACAAUCAUAGCCAACAUUGAUACAGGUUUGCUUGCUCUUUAUUUAAAACUUAUUAAAUCUACUAACUUGAACGCGGAUAAAAUUUCAUACA